AGGACCCGCGUGCUGCCAAUAGGAACUAUCUGCGGAGGAGAGGAGAUUUCGGCGUUUUCGGCACACUGCUGAGGAAAUCUUCCCGUGUGCAGUGUUUCUUUGUUCUAAUGGCGUGUAGAGAGAGCGGGGGUUCCAAGAUUUUACUAUGUUUAGGACUUUUUGUGGUCGCUAGUUCGUUUUGCUGUUGCACAAAAUUGACAAGGCUUAAGACAGUUAAAUGGAGAGAAAACUCGACACUUAGUCAAAGUCAAGACAUUGAUCUACACCAUGGAAGACUCUUAAUUGGGCAAGAUCCUCUGCGACAUGCUAAACUCAAAGGAACCAAAGCCACAAAGAACUACAUGGAUGUAAAUUCAGGUUACCAAGCAGACAUGGGCUGGGAGAUGUCCAGGCAACCUAAAGGACAGGGUGAUGGCUCUUCAAAGGCUGAUAACUCUGCAGUGGAACGGCUGCUGAAAAUGGAACCAAAGGUUGAAUGUACAGGAGACUCCAUGAAACUUAAAGUCCAAGAUGCUGCUUCCACUUCUGGAUCUCUGUUUCUUGUAGACAGGGGAAGUCACCUGUCUCCCUUGCCUCUGUCCAAGUUGCCAUCAAGCUGUGGUUACACCAUCGGAUCAACACGGAGAGAUAUGGUCUUAGUUGCACCUUAUGAUGGUUGCUUUGUCACACUUGAGGAAGACAGUUAUGUACUCCCAUUGCGUUGGUGCGGAUUACCAGUGAGGAUGUCAUGCCCUUUGAUGAGACAGUCUUCGCCUAACCCUCCAAUGGUUACCUGCCAUGCAGAGGGCAUGGUUGUGAAAAUGGAAUGGGCCACAUCUGUAGAUAAGAUUAAAGUAAAAUUGUAUGGCAGCUGGGAGCCACUGAUGAGGGAAUCGCCCAGAUGUGGCUUCAGUGUAGUUGUCCAUCCUGAAGGUGUGGUCAUCUCGGUUCGCUAUGCACCCUGUGUGGAGAAAAAGGAUGGAAUGUACACCAUUGAACUGGCUGGAGAUGGAGAAACCAAGAUUUCCUGCCCAGCAUUGUCACCAGCUCAACCUGGACCCACAAAAAGCCCAAUAAAGGGCCCACAACAGCAAACUGAAAUACCAGGCAAAGGGGUGUAUCCCUCUAACCAAUCACAUAACUUGCCUUCAACUCGUGCUCCUGAUCAAACCCUGAAAAAUCCGGUGCAAACUGUAGUUCCCCAGGUCCCAGGCAUUCCUCAGAAUCCAGAGGUUCCUAACCAGAAACAAAAUCAGGGGCCAAAAGAUGUUGUUCAGCCUCAGUUACCUUACUUUUACCCCAAUUUCUUUUACCCCCAGCCUGCAAAUCCAGAAAAUAGACCCACUGUACAGCCAAACCCCACUCCUGUAACAAAGAAAAAGGAGUCACAACAAACAAUCCCUGCAAAGCUGCCGGUGACUCCUGAGGGACAAGUGCCCCAAUUAAUUUCUUUACCGUUUUACCCCUGGCCAGCCAAGCCUGAGGUGCCUGUUAAAGAAACUCCUGUGCUGCCUCGAGCCACCCAACCACCUAAUAGCCAAGUGGAACAACCUUUUUACCCUUAUCCAUUCUACGUUAUGCCAAACCCUGAUGUUGCUCCUGCACACAGGACUGAACUGAAACCUACACCUACAUCUCCUCCAGUUACCCAAACUACUCAAGGCCAAAGAAAGCAACCUUUCUACCCUUUACCAUUUUAUCCUCAACCUGCUAAGCCUGACAAUCCCCCAACACAGCCACCAGUAACUAAGCAUUUCCUCCCAUAUCCGUCUAACCCCCCAUCUGGGCCUACCCAGAAACCUGUAGAACCACCUGCAAGCCAGUCUGAAGCCCCUCAGGGUCAAGUGCACCAGACAUCGUACCCCUAUCCCCUCUACCCUGUGCCAGUGCCUGAAAAUCAACCUGCUACAAAGCCCACUACUGCUCCAGAGCCUCCAAAACCACCACAGCCUGAAGACCCUCAGGGUCAAGUGCACCAGCCAUUGUACCCCUAUCCCUUCUACCCUGUGCCAGUGCCUGAAAAUCAACCAGCUACAAAGCCCACUGCUGCUCCAGAGCCUCCAAAACCACCACAGCCUGAAGCCCCUCAGGGUCAAGUGCACCAGACAUCGUACCCCUAUCCCUUCUACCCUGUGCCAGUGCCUGAAAAUCAACCAGCUUCAAAGCCCACUGCUGCUCCAGAGCCUCCAAAACCACCACAGCCUGAAGCCCCUCAGGGUCAAGUGCACCAGCCAUUGUACCCCUAUCCCUUCUACCCUGUGCCAGUGCCUGAAAAUCAACCAGCUACAAAGCCCACUGCUGCUCCAGAGCCUCCAAAACCACCACAGCCUGAAGCCCCUCAGGGUCAAGUGCACCAGCCAUUGUACCCCUAUCCCUUCUACCCUGUGCCAGUGCCUGAAAAUCAACCAGCUACAAAGCCUGCUGCUGCUCCAGAGCCUCCAAAACCACCACAGCCUGAAGCCCCUCAGGGUCAAGUGCACCAGACAUCGUACCCCUAUCCCUUCUACCCUGUGCCAGUGCCUGAAAAUCAACCAGCUUCAAAGCCCACUGCUGCUCCAGAGCCUCCAAAACCACCACAGCCUGAAGCCCCUCAGGGUCAAGUGCACCAGCCAUUGUACCCCUAUCCCUUCUACCCUGUGCCAGUGCCUGAAAAUCAACCAGCUACAAAGCCUGCUGCUGCUCCAGAGCCUCCAAAACCACCACAGCCUGAAGCCCCUCAGGGUCAAGUGCACCAGACAUCGUACCCCUAUCCCUUCUACCCUGUGCCAGUGCCUGAAAAUCAACCAGCUUCAAAGCCCACUGCUGCUCCAGAGCCUCCAAAACCACCACAGCCUGAAGCCCCUCAGGGUCAAGUGCACCAGCCAUUGUACCCCUAUCCCUUCUACCCUGUGCCAGUGCCUGAAAAUCAACCAGCUACAAAGCCCACUGCUGCUCCAGAGCCUCCAAAACCACCACAGCCUGAAGCCCCUCAGGGUCAAGUGCACCAGACAUCGUACCCCUAUCCCUUCUACCCUGUGCCAGAGCCUGAAAAUCAACCAGCUACAAAGCCCACUGCUGCUCCAGAGCCUCCAAAACCACCACAGCCUGAAGCCCCUCAGGGUCAAGUGCACCAGACAUCUUACCCCUAUCCCUUCUACCCUGUGCCAGUGCCUGAAAAUCAACCAGCUACAAAGCCCACUGCUGCUCCAGAGCCUCCAAAACCACCACAGCCUGAAGCCCCUCAGGGUCAAGUGCACCAGACAUCGUACCCCUAUCCCUUCUACCCUGUGCCAGUGCCUGAAAAUCAACCAGCUUCAAAGCCCACUGCUGCUCCAGAGCCUCCAAAACCACCACAGCCUGAAGCCCCUCAGGGUCAAGUGCACCAGCCAUUGUACCCCUAUCCCUUCUACCCUGUGCCAGUGCCUGAAAAUCAACCAGCUACAAAGCCCACUGCUGCUCCAGAGCCUCCAAAACCACCACAGCCUGAAGCCCCUCAGGGUCAAGUGCACCAGACAUCGUACCCCUAUCCCUUCUACCCUGUGCCAGAGCCUGAAAAUCAACCAGCUACAAAGCCCACUGCUGCUCCAGAGCCUCCAAAACCACCACAGCCUGAAGCCCCUCAGGGUCAAGUGCACCAGCCAUCGUACCCCUAUCCCUUCUACCCUGUGCCAGUGCCUGAAAAUCAACCAGCUACAAAGCCUACUGCUGCUCCAGAGCCUCCAAAACCACCACAGCCUGAAGUCCCUCAGGGUCAAGUGCACCAGCCAUUGUACCCCUAUCCAUUCUACCCUGUGCCAGUGCCUGAAAAUCAACUAGCUUCAAAGCCCACCUCUUUUACAGAGUCCCCAGCAACUGAAACUCCUAAAGGACAGCCUGUAACAUUACCCCCAACUUCCUCUGCCCAGCAACCACAAUGGAUCACUCCAGCCAGUGAUCAAAAAACCCCGGAGUCCACCAUUCAACAACCUAGUAAUGUUAUAGUCCCACAAGGUCCUCAACCGGGCACUCCAAAUAUGCCACCGGUUUAUUGCCCCCAGGUUUGCCCAUCUGGAUUUUCUAAUUGUUGUCCACAAAUUGCUUUUCAUCAACAUCUCCAUCAUAUUGUCCCUGCUGGACUUGGCAGUAAAGAUACACCUCCAAUAUAUACAGGACUUCCAUUCCUUUCUCCAAUGUCAUAUUAUGUAUUUGGCAAUGGCUUAAGUUCUGCUCCUCUUCCUCAAAAACCAAAUGGAGAAACACAAAUUGAAGCUGAGAUCACCUCUGCACCUAUUUCACCUCAGUCCCUUCCAUCUGAAAAUAGAAAGCAGCCCCAUCUCCAGCCACCAGAUGGCAACCCUGCUGCACUACCUGGGAGUAAUCCAACCAAGCCAACACAUCCUGCACUACCAAUUUACCCUUAUUUUGUACCCAAUUCUGAUUGGCGAUAUCUACCACAAAAUGGUGACUGGCAAAAUUUACCACAAAGCCAAUCACAAACUCUCUCUAAUGUGCCCUCUACACCUCAGACUUCAGUUAAUGACCCGGUAAAUCCAGUGGUGCAAUAUGAAUUAUAUAAUGUACAGCCUCCAAAGCAGCAAAAUGGCCAACUGUCAUCUUAUGUUGCCCAAUAUCUACAACGGCAAUAUACAAAGAAUCAAAAUAAACCUACAGUCAAGGAAGUGCAGCCAUCUAACAAAAAACCCAGUGAAUCUAAAUCACCAGCACAUCAUAAGGCUCAAAGUGAACUUGAUCCUCGUUUGUUCCCUUACUACAUGCUUCAAGAUGCUCAAGCACCUACUCAUAACAAGUCAUUGUUCCCUAACAACUCUUUACAACCACCGCCAUCAGUGAGUGGCUCAAAGAAUUCUUCUAAACAUGAACAGACUGUGCACUCCUAUUCUGAGCCAAAGAGUUAUGUUCUCCUACAGCAUGGUCCACCAGGUAGAGAGCCUAAUGGUUUUGCUAAAUCUCCGCAGCCUUUUAGGGAUCUGGUUCGUGACACAAAUGUCCUAGCACAAAACUUUGCAACGCAUCACAAUAGUGAAGCCCAACAUCCUCAGGGUUUAAGCCUACAACAAGGGAAACCCCAAAACCUUAAAUGGUUGGACAAAGGAAUGACUAAUCCCUUACCUGGUAAUGUCAACUACAUGCCAAGGCCUGGUGAUAGAUCAGGUUUGCCAUUUUUCACAGCUUUGGAUGGAGUUCAUUCAGUGCCUUUGCCUCAGGACCUCUCUUUCAGUGCAACACAAAAAAAACCUAAAUUCCUAGACUCUUUCAAAGACUCCUGGAAGCCCAUUGCACCCCUAGGCUCCAGCCGCAGGACUCCACCACAUGUUCCUAGAAAGGCAUUUCAACAAUGGAGCUCUGCAGCUGACCACCAGGUAAAUGGGCUGAACCAACCCAUCCAGAGAGAAGGUGGAAAUCAGAAGCAGAAAUGAGUUGCCUUCAAUAUGAAUAAACAGUUUAGACUACCUGA